AUGUUGGCGCUGUCGGUCUCUGUGCCCAAGUUUAGCUUUCUGUCGCGCCUGGGGUCCAUACAUGAUCCUGACUCAUGGACUUUGGAGUAUAUUGCAUUGCACGGACAUCAUAUCACGCAGGCAAUCGAUAACGACGGCUCGGGAUUCAUUAGGAUUAGCGAAGCAAAUGCGUUUACUCAGCAGAUUCCGAAGGGUUGGAAUCUUCCGCAAUGGUGUGCAUACUCUGCUGCAGGUUGGGCUUAUGAAGCACGGAUUUACCGACGACGCAUCAAUAGGAUAUGGCUGAUGUUGACCCAAUUACUGGCCACAGUCCUCCCGAGUAAUCGAGGAUAUCUCUAUUCUUUCAUGGUUAUCAACUUGAUCACAAUUGCCCAUGCGUUUACGCGCGAACCGGUUGGGCACAACAUUCCAAACAUUACCCCUGAGCUACGUCAACUGGUCAAAGAGAAGGUACUGGCUCAAGAUGCUUUGUUCCGGGAACAUUUGAAAUCCUUGAAGUGGACUGUCGAGGAUGAAUCUACACUUCAUCUUUUGUAUGGUGAAAGUCCCCCAGAAAAGCUGUGUACCCUUAUGAUGGAGCGGUAUCUAGAAGUUGCGUGUGCUUGUCGGACGGUUACAGUUGAUAUCAAGGAAUGGAUUCGGAUGGCCGCUGCUUUUCGUAUUAUGAGAGAAAUUAGUGUCAAGCGGAUGGCUGAGUUAGGAGCAAGAUAUGAAGACCCCAAAAAAGCAGCUGAUUAUGUAUCAUCGUAUCAUGGUGGAAUCUGGUCCUACGUAAAGCACAAGAUUGACCUGGAAGAAAGCGACGACGUUAUAAUCCCUACUCGACGCCAAACUAUCCUGGACGACUUUCCUAUAUCCUGGGGCACACCAGGCGACCUGCCCUUCUUGCACUACAAAACAUGGGAGGAAUUUUCAAAGACUCUCAAUGAAUCUGAUAUUCCUGCCCUGGUGCCACGCACUUGGGACCCAUUGGAUAAUACGUUGUUCCAGAAGUCGAUUGAUAGGAGCGCUUAUUCGGAAUUUCCUGUGCUGGAAUGGAUAUGUGACCAUUGCGAUGUAGAACCCAAGAAUUCCACAAGCUUCAAAUGCCUAACAUGUCCUGAUCUGGAUUUCUGCAAAGAUUGCCAUGAACUUCCCGAAUCCGAGCACACUGUUGGCGAACAUACGUUUUAUCACCCUGUCGUUAAGCUCAGUCUUGCAUACCUCCCAGAGCAAUUCCAGAGGCUUAAGCUGGAAGUCGAAGAUGUCUUUGAGCAACUUCAACAGCAGUUCGCAGCGCAGCAACGGUCGAAUGCAAAAGUUGAUGACUCGCAAGUUGGCACUGAAGCAAAGGAGAACAAGGAGGAUGAUGUUGUUGAACGACAGGCAAAGGAUGGACAUGCUGACAAGGAUGACGACAAGCCUGAGGAAUCGACGAACGACCAGGAUGUGAACACUGAAAUACAACAGGUCACAGAACAAGCAACACCUCGAUCAUCGCCCUCCGCAGAAUGUGUAGGGCCUAUACCUGACAAUUUGAUGGAUGCAAGUGGGUCAACCGGACUAUCGGGAGCGUUGCAUGAGACGGAAUGCGUCUCUCAAACAAACAGCAACGACAUUGUGGCGAACGAGAGUGUAGAAAGUUUACGAAAAGAGGUACCUGCAUCACAGAUACCUGACAAUACAGUGGAGAGAAAGGAUGAACCAACUCGGGUUGUAAAGCCUGACACUGCAUCGCACGCUCUCCAAUUUACCUGUGGUCGAUGCUCCGAGAUCAUUUCUUUGGAGGCGGAAUUCUUUAGAUGCGUGGGAAGCACAUGUCAGAAGAAGUAUGAGGCUCCAGACGGCGAACAUCAAUGGUGGCAUACAUUGCUAUCCCUUAGAAAGGAAUUCAUAGUCGGCAACUUCCAAACAGAAACAACCGUCACGGACGUCGUCGUGGCAGAAGAAAAGGGGAAAACUCUCGAGACGCCUGAGAGCCCAGAAAAAAAUGCCCUGGCGGCCCCAUCUGAUUCAGUCCAAUCGAGAAUAUCGAUUCUGGAACAAAAGAUGGACGUCCUUGCUUCCACUCUGGAAUCUAGGACGAAUCGGUUGGAAUAUAUCCCUAAAAUUGAAGAAAAGCUGGAUACUAUUAACAAUUCUCUUCAAGCCAAGGUGGAAAAUCUGGAGCUUAAACUGGAUGGCGUGAUAACGGCAUUACAGGCACUCAUUGGCGGUUUGUCUACACAGAAUGUUGUAUCAACUUGCUGA